ACUGUUCAAUUGUGAGCAACGUCAAUUUAUAUUUUUUGGUCAAACUGUUGAACUAUUUUUAACAAUAAAUAAAACAAAUGUAACUGAUAUUAAUUAAAAUUUCAUUACCAAGAUGAAUAUAAAUUGUGAAACUAUUUUGGAUUUUUACAUGCACAAAAACAAAAAAAUAUUGUGUCAAAUUAAAGUGUCGCCCACCAAAAGCCGAAAAUUCAAAAACACUUGUAGAUGUUUGACACAAGAACAAUGGAACACAUUCGAUAAAGAACUGGAGAAACUCAUUAACACAACUGACGAUUGGAAUGAUGAGAAGUGCUUUAAAUUUAAUAUAAAAUCUUACAUUGAGGUUAAGGUACAGAAAUCAAAAUUAUCAUUAAAACAUUUUUACAAAUGUUUAGGUGCAAUUGAUGAGUGUGAUGGGGAGGUUAUUGAAGCCGAUUAUGUUUUGGAGUGUCUCUUGAAUUUUCAACUGGAAGUUCCAUUUAGUACAUUCCUCGAGUCACAAGAAUAUGAACCACAAACAGAAACUUCACCAGAUAAAUUAUGCAGCCCAUUAUCCUACGAACCGUAUACGCCAUCUAAGAAAAAAUAUCAAGCGGAGAGUAUCGACACUAUUAAAACUCCUGGAAUAGAUUAUCUUGAAUAUGACGAGGACACAUAUUCGCCAAAACCCAUAUUUCAAGUAGUCGAUAGUGACCCUCUAUUAACAGAAAAAAUACCUAGAUAUACACCAGCACCGAUUAGGGACACGCGCAGUUCAAUUAAAAAAUCCACACAGCGAGAUCUGCCCUGCAGUAGUUCAAAGGAAAGUAAAAUAUCCUCUAAGCUAGAUCUUUUAGGUGAAGUUAUUGUUGAAACUGAAGAUGAAAUUGAUUCUCCGGAAAAAACUAAAUCCUUGCGAUCCAAAUUGAAUAAGAAGAAAUCGAAAAAAAGGGAAAUUGAAUACAUACCGAAAAGUCAAGAAUAUGCUGUAGUCGAUGUGCCUGUUUAUAUUCCAACUCCUAUAGAGGAGACCACUCACCGAAAAGUUAAUAAAACAGAUCACGACAUCAGGAAACAUAAAAAACGAUCCAUGACAAUAGAUGAAUAUCCAAGACUAUUAUUACUUGACGAAAAUUCAAGGGAAAAAAAUAUAACCGUAAAAGAACACAUUAGUGGCAAGGAUAAACAUAGCCGUUAUGACAACAGAAAGAUUAAAAGUCGUUCUUAUACUAUUGAUGAAAUCCCAUCAGGAUUUUCCAUCAAUAUGGAAAAACCAAAAUCAAAGAACUUGCCAGAGGAGAGCAGAGAAAAGCAAUGUAAAAAAUUUGAAUCCAUAGAGAAGAGUACGUCUCACAAAUCAAAGGACAAGAAAAGUGAUUUAAACGUAAAUAUUUCUUCAACAAAAGAAAAACACAAACUGUCAGAAAAGAAACCUGAAGUAAUAAUAAGAGCUUCUUCAUCGAGUGAAGAUGAAUUUUUGGCUGUGGUUGCAAAAUCUAAAAAGUCUUCAAUAAGGAAAUCAAAAGCGAGUGAUGAUGAUUUCGAAGACGGAAAUAAAAUUGAUAAAAAUACAAAACUAUCACAAUCAAAUGACAAUGCAAAUAAUUUAAAUAUAUCUAUUUCAUCUGCCACCGAAUCGGCCACAGAUACAUCCCUACAAAAACUAAAAAGAGGAAGAAAACAAAAAGAAAGCGGCACUGAUGACAACAAAUCCUUAAGACGUUCUGAACGAUCUCCCAGCAAACCAGUUAGAUUCAUAGAGGAACAACAUGACCUGUUACGAAGUAAAAAGCCGAUAAAAACCAAAACUUCACCCAAAAACAAAGAACUUUUCGGCACAGACGACGAUGAAUACGAGGAGCUUUUUGAUAACAAUAACGGUACAAACAUUAAAAACGACAAGAAAUUAAAAUCAUCAGUAUUCGAAACCCCUGUAAGUAAGAAAUCCACUAAGAGUGCAUCAUCAUCAUCAUCGUCAUCCUCAUCAACGAAAAAGAAACGCAAAAGAGAUAAAAGUAGUGAAUGUGAACAGGAAAAACGUGACAUGAAUACCUGGUUGUCCAAGAAAAAAACAUCAUCAUCAGAUAAAGAUUCAAAACAGGCAUCAACAUCAAAAUCAUCAUCAUCAUCUAAAUGUCGACCCCUAAAAAUGUCAAAAAAAGAAAAAUCAAAAAAUACUGAAGUUGACACAGAGAGUCGUCCGAAAUCUGAGACGCACCCGCCUUCUUUUGAAUUGCCAUCAAAGGAAGAAAUGGAAUUGAUGCGAAAUAAAACAAAAUUAACGCAAAAAGAAAAUGCAAUAAUCAGAGCAGAAUUAGAUAAAAUGCGUACUUCACCGCCCAAAGAAGUAGAAAUUUUGUCUCUGCAAAGUGUCCCCGUGGAGGACAUAUUGAACACGUUUUCAAAAUACAAAUCAGAACUAGAUGAAAUCUAUGAGAAUAAUUGCAAGAGAGAUUAUAUCAAAGGACAUGACGGCAUAAAUCAUUGUUUUGUGAUAAGAUUACUGCAACCAAAUAUCCAGAUGAAAAUGUUGGAAAUGCUAACAGAUGUUUAUAGUAACACGAAGAGCACAACCCAAGCAACCUUAUAUGCCAAUGCCCUUCUCCCCGAGUGGGUAAUACGUGUGUAUAUGGAAAAAUUUAAUUUUUCGCGCCAGCAGGCAAUUAAUCAAAUCAAAGCACAAGAAGCAUUUCAACUGCAUAUGGAAGAACAAAGUGAUAACUCUUUUAUGUUCGAUUAAAUAAAAUGUGAUGUAAAUUUUAAAAAUUACACGCAAAUUAUAUUGGUUUUAAAUUCAAAUAAUAAAUAUUAAAGCUGUGCUUUGUCUAAAA